AUGGAGAUCGACCACAUACCCGGAGCUGCAGCACAAAAAAGACAACAAUACAAAAGUUUCGUGCUUUCCUAUCUGAACGACAACGAGGGUCCCCAAAGGAGGGACCAAAUUCUAAGAGAUAUCAAAGACCAGGAGAAACUCACCAAAGAUGAACGCAACUCUCUUGAUCAAGUAAUAGACUCGAUGAUUGAGAACGCCAUCGUCUCACUGAAGUAUGAUGAGGAACAGCGCGAGUGCAUCGAGCUGUGCGACCUCACAUGCACAAUUACUAAAGAAAAGCGCAAAAGCCCAAACGCUUCGCGGAAAGAGCAAGCGGUUCAGACAAGUCAAACUCGAUGGACCGCCCCCGCCAUCGUCGUCAUCAAGCAGCAGCACGAUGUUGUUCUUCGACGACAGCAGCGAUGA